CGCGCCUGUUGAAGGUGAAGGAAUGAUACCCAAUGUAGAUGAGUGGACAGCCUAUACCUUCGACUUGGAGAGGAAUCGCUCCGUGUUGGAAUCUCAGGGUAAUGAUGAAGUCGAUGAAAACGUCGCGGUCCUUCCGUUGGUUGAUGAAUCCACGCUUCAAGCAGUCGAGGGUGACUUCGAUGUCACCACGACUCUGGAUAUAGUCGAUCUGCAGCUCAGGCUGAAACUCAGCCCCGAGUCGGUGGAGAAACUCCUCAUACACAAUCAACCCGAUCUCCGUUUCGCUCUCAUGUAUAGGCUGUUAUCUCCCGAUGAUGACGUUACAUGGCUCGCGCCUUACAAACACGAUGCUUUGUAUGUUUUGAGAAAAGGAGAUCCAUGGGUGCCGAUAUCCGAUGCAUGGUUCGAAGGGGCCUCUAGACCAGCGGAUGAGGAGGUAAGAGUGCUGGAGCAUCGCGGUGCGAUUCACACCCCUCAGAGGCCGGAUGAGGUACAUGUUGGACAAGUCAGGCAUGACGGUGA